UCGUGUGAUCGUUGCCGUGGCUACACACGGAAGUCAUCGAAUGCACCUGUUACACUUUCAAACAGGAAAGGGAACGAAUCGAUACAUAUUUACUUGACCGAAGUCGCUUCGAGACAGUAUUUUCAACUUGCGACGUCUUUUUUUUGGGGUUGUUUUUAAAAACCCCAUCAACCUGAACCUUUAUGGACAAAUUAAAGAAAGUUUUGAGUGGCCAAGAUGGCAAUGACGAUCUCAACAUACUGCAGGAAGCGAAUGAAGCAUCAACACUGGGAUGGGGCACGCGCGUCAAGGGAUUCCUCGCGUGUUUUGUGGCUGGCGUCUUGUGUUCAGUUUUGGGAACCUGCUUGCUUUGGGUGCCCAGAAACGGACUGACACUCUUUGCAGUCUUUUACAGUUUAGGUAAUAUUGCUUCUCUUUUAAGCACAAUGUUCUUAACGGGUCCAUUAAAGCAACUCAAGAGGAUGUGCGACAAGACGAGAGCUCUGGCAACUGGCAUUAUGAUUACAUGCCUGGUGCUAACCUUCUGUGCUGCUUUUUGGUGGAAGAACAAAGGCCUUGCUCUGCUGUUCUGUAUCCUCCAGUUUUUGGCCUUUACAUGGUAUAGCUUAUCCUACAUUCCUUUUGCAAGGGAUGCAAUUAUUAAGUUGUUCUCCGCGUGCUUCAAGUGAGAUGCCUCUACAUUUGGCCUUGGCUGUCUCUCUGUAUGCUGCUUUGGCUCCAGCUUCGGUGCUGCCUUCAAUGCCACUCAUGUACUCACUCUGCAGCCUGGCACAGACACCUCACCACACUACAGGCUCCCCUUACUCUCCCCAACGGAUGGACACUCUUCAUCUGUGUGAACAAGCACACACAGACAAGUACUCUCUCUCUCUCCCACACACACACACACAACUGUGCUUUACAUUCAAGUAGGGAAAUAUGAAGAAUGAAACAAUCUAAUUAGGUAAGUGGUUGAGUUUUAAACACUGCCCUAUAGUGACAUGUUUGGUGCAGCGAGAUUGAGCAUCUUCUUUUACAUUUAACUGCUGUGUAAUUGCUUAAUUCGUUCCUACGUGCCUUCCUCUCUGCCGUCAUCCAAUGAUUACUUAAGGAUUAGAUUGGGUAGAAAUGUAACCAGUGUUUGCAGUUUUUUUAGGAUUUAUGUUUAUUACUUCUUCUGCUAGAAUAAGACAAUGAUGAAGGGCUUUCUAAAUAAUUGAUCCAACUAUAUUUUAGUUCAGAAGUUAUCUAUUAUAGGUAAGUAAAAGGAUGACAGAAAUGUCUUAUUACUUAUUGUUAUCUUAUUAGAUAAGUCAAAUAUUAAACUCUCAUUAGGGUGCCAAUGUAUAUUUUUAUGGUCCAUUUGUCUUCAAACAACUCUUUCUUUCUUUGCAUUCAGGAGUAAAAUUAUGUGGCUUUUUCUGAUUAAUGUUAUUAUGCCUGUCCUUAUAUUUUCAAAUCAUGUCAGACACAUUUCCUUUUAACUGUAUUAAUUUCAAAAAUGACAGUGGUGGUUUUCCUCCUUGUUGUCUUUUUAAAUGUCUGCUGAUAUAUUCACUGCAGAGAUUAAUUUUAUUUAUAUGUACAAAAAUAUUUUUGUGACUGAAAUAUACAUUCAGAAUUAUUUUGUGACAAAAUGGAAAUUUUCCCUACAUCAUGAUGAUUAUUUGCCCAUGUUUGUUUCAUUAUAUAAAUUUGCAAUUUAUGUCUGAGGUGUUUAAGAAUUGUUACUGCUACUGUAUGGACAUUAUAACAAUCGAUGCUAUUAAAAGUUAUUCAGAUUCA